GACACUUGAGCAUAAUUCGGGAAUCAACUGUAUUGUCAUUCGCCCAAAAAAGUCACAGGAAAAACUCGGUCGAACGGGAAAAAGCGAUGUCGCCGUGAAAAGUCGUGUAAAACGGGUGAAAAACCGUCUGCAAACAAGUAACUUCCAUGCGUGCCCUUUCUCGUGUGUAACAGGCGUGUUUUGUGCGUGUGAAUGUGUUAUUAUUCCGUCUGCGUUUAACCUGUUCGGUGGAAAUGUGAUUAUAAUUUCGUUUUCCAAACUGCAUCACUAAAAAAAAUACCCGGCAUACUCUGAUCAGUCGCCGAAAGGAAAACAGUUGGAUUUGUGUGCAUUGUGCGGAAAAAAGGAGUAUAUUAAGCACGCAUACACACUCGAGCGGCCAUCGUGCUAUAGUAGCCAUCGCGCUAAUGGCUGCUGCCUGUAUCGUGGAUAAUUUCCACCGGCUUCCAUCACAAUAAUCAUCUUGGUUCCUGGUGUUGUAGGUUUUUUUUUUGUUUGAUAGCGUUUACCGCAUCGUAUGUGUUAUUAUUGUUGCGGUGAAAAUUUCAAAAUCCUGCCCCAUACACCACUCCCGGAUUGACCGGUUUUUCACACUAUAUUUACGUGUGUGUGUUUGUGCGUGAGUGAGAAAAAAGCAGCGGUGAAUAGUUUACGUGCAUUCGUCGGGUGUUGUUUUUUUGUAUUUGUCCCGGCAUGGAAAAAGGUGUUGUUUAAAUGUUUCCAGCCGUGGAAACGGUGCCGAUUUGAGUGUGUGUGUAUGUGUGCGUAUCCCGGAAGUGUAUAAAAAGAAGAAGAAGAAGCAAUUGCACGGAUAAUAAUCAACGUGGGAAAUUACCUCGUUGACUCUUAACGGCCCUCCGUGUACAGGUCGCGUCGAUCGAGACGGUGCAGACACACGCCAAACCAACGCCCCACACAUGCCCGGUGCGGGUGUGAAAAACACGGGUACAGAGGAAUACCCGGCCGGUCACCGGAGGCGGCUGUGAGCAGGAUUAAUCCACCGCCGUGUGGUGCAAUCGCAAGCGGCCAACGGGGCCACAGUAAAUAAAAUUGCACAAUAAUUAUAUCGACCGGAAGUCGACGUGCCCGAAAGACCCGAGAUGAUGGUUGCAAUGCCGGCCGGAUGCAUUAUCCGGUCGCCGGUAGGUCCUGCCGGUUGUUGGCGUGUUGUGGCCGCGUUGCUGAUAAUUAGCUGUUUAUAUAAUCCCCCAACGGUGGAAGCACAACAGAGACCGAAAAUUAACGAACAUCCUAAGGAUGCGGUAGCGGCAAAGGAUGAACCGCUCACGCUUAACUGCAAAGCGACAGGGCGACCGCCACCGGAAUUUAUCUGGUACCAGAACGGAGUACCACUCGCACCAUCGGAUCGGCGUGUAGUGCUGCCCGAAGGAUCACUCUUCUUUCUGAGAGUUACACAAAAUAAACGCGAACAGGAUGCUGGAGUUUAUCAUUGCGAGGCCCGUAACUCGGCAGGUGUUGCAAUCAGUGAGAAUGCUACGCUACAGAUUGCAGUUCUACGUGAUGAUUUCCGACUGAUGCCAAAGGAUACGGUAGCGCUCGUUGGUGGUCCCGUCGUACUGAACUGUACACCGCCACGCGGCAUCCCCGAACCAUCCGUGCUGUGGAUCAAGGAUGGCAAAAUUCUGGACAUAAAUGGCAAACAUCACUCGCUGGUCGAUUCGGGCAGUUUGCUCAUCUCGGAAAUUCAACCAAGCGAUUCGGGCAAAUACGAGUGCUCGGCGCAAAGUAUGGCCGGAACGAAAACUACCCCACCGGCUUACCUAAAGGUGCUCGCACCGCCCACCAUUGUGAAGAGUCCGCACGAUACGGAGGUGCUCGAGGGCGAAGGGUUCGAUCUGCCGUGCGGGUUAACCGGUGAUCCGAAACCGAUUGUAACGUGGCGUAAAGAAAGUGGCCGUUUGCCUGAGGGACGCUCGCGCAAACUGCUCGACAAUACGCUGCGCAUUGAGGAUGCCCGGCAAGAGGACGAAGGCAAAUACUACUGCGAAGGUCACAACGAGGGUGGCAACGUAACGAUAUCGGUGUAUCUGUACGUGUAUGAGGCACCAACGUUCAUGGAAGCACCGGUGGAUGUUAUGAUACGCGAGGGUGAACCACUGUUGCUGCCAUGCCGGGCAAAGGGUCGACCGGCGGUUCGAAUCUUCUGGGAUCGGAUCGAUCGUAAGCAUGUGGACAACAAUGAGGUACAUCAGCAGAUGCGCGACGAAGGUGAACAGUCUACGGGUGGGGAUGGUUCGGGCGGAAGAAAGAAACGAGCGGUCAGUUGGGGAUUCCCGGAAGGGUACGCAUUUGCACCGGAGAUCGCAUCGUUCGUUGCGAAUGGUAGUGGCGAUGGUGGAACGGGACGUGGCAACUGGUCGAUAAAGAUUGAACCCGUGUCCGAGCGGCAACUGUUACAGCAGUAUCCGACGCGUGUGUCUGCCUUCCGGGCCGAUUCGAGCGAACGGAAUCGUUUGCUGCUGCGAAGCAGAAGAGACACCCCACCGGAAGUGGAUCCGCAACAUGGUGAAGGCACGGUAUCACCGGAUGGUUCCGUGGGUACGAUGGCAGCCACAACCGCACAUCCACACAGCAGCAGUGAGAUCGUGUUCGAAGACAACGGAAGCCUUUCGUUCAGACAGAUAUUGAAGGGUGACGAGGGUUGGUACGCUUGUGCGGCCAUUAACGAAGCGGGCAGCAUUGUGAAGAAAAUCCACAUCAAGGUGAUGGCCGAGGGUGAGGCGCCGGGCAGAGACCCUAUACUGGAAUACGAGCAGCACCGUUGGGUUAACGAUCAGCAGUUUAUCGUGCUGAACAACGUAUUCACCGUGUCCGCGAACUCGAUCGGUAUCACGUGGGACGUCACGGACAGUACGUCGCGGAUGCAGCUCCGUAUGUACUAUCGAGUGGCUUCGAAACCGGUCGACUACUAUCUGUACAACUCGACGUUUAGCAGUGUACUGACAACAAGCAACUUGAAGGAGCUAACGCUCACGGGACUUCGCCCGUACAGUGAGUAUGAAAUCUUUGCCAGCAUUCCCGAAGGGUUGGCCGGAUCCGUGUCGAAUAUAAGGCGUGGCCGCACGCUCGACGGUCCACCAUCGGCUCCACCGGUCGAUGUGCGGGUUGGAGUAAUUAAUACUACGGCCGCCUUUGUACGAUGGUCACCACCUCCGGUACAUCUGCUGAAUGGCGAGUUGACCGGCUAUAAGAUACAAAUCAAGUCGAAUGCUACGAACAAAGUUUUGGGACAGAUGUCACUCAACUCUUCCACACAAUCGGUCGUAAUCAACAGCCUCACGCCUGGUGCGAUGUAUAUUGCUCGCGUUGCAAGUCUAACAGCUGGUGGAAUAGGUCCGUACAGCUCUCCUACACCGUUACACAUGGAUCCACAAAAUAUAGUGAGAUCCGAUCCAACGCCCAGUUACUGGACCGCUUCUUGGAUGUCCGGAACGGCUAUAGUUGUGCUUUGCGUUGGACUGAUCAGUGCCGCCAUUUUUGCCAUCUUCUGGACGGUACGCAAGAAGCAAAGUGUGAAAGCAUCCUAUCCGGGACCGUCGGUGACGACGAUUAUACCGGACAAGCAGCAUACACUCUGGUUGCACGGGAAUACACUCGUCAAAGCACCUUCGCAUUCGCUGGAUCCACCCAGCACGUCGGAAUAUGCUGAACUGACGAACAAUACGAUACAAUCACAAACGAUGGGCAAGAUGAUGAUGGGUGGUGGAAGUAUCCCACCGGAACCGUACGCUACCGUGACGUUGCAGCGUGGUGGCAUGAUGACGCUCGGAGGUCUUGGUGGUCCUAAUGGUGGUGGCAUGGGACCAACACUAUCCGAAGAAUCGUGUCUAAAGUGUUCGAACGGUAAUAGCCCAACUUCGAGCAACGAGUACAAUGCGCCGAUGAGGGAACCAAUCAACAUAUCGGAUGUGUUGCCACCACCACCGGAUCAUCCGUAUGGCACGUAUCGGCCACCGAACAAUAUGACGAUUCGUACGAACCCGGCCGCCUUAUCACCCCAGAUGAUGCGCAAGAACGGAAAUGGUGGAGUUAAUCAAGGGAACGGACAACCGCGGUGGGACACAUUGCCACCGCCAAUUCCGAGCUUCCCCCAGAACUGGAUCCGACCCCAUCCGCAUCAGCAACAGCAGCAGCAACAUCAUCACCAUCCGGACAUGUAUAACAAUGUGAACACGACAGAGAAUGAUUAUGAAAGUGGAUCUGUACUGUACGAACAGUGCUAUCGCACGGGACCACCGUCGAGUGGGGGUGCGAGUGUUGGUGGAGGAAGCGCUAUGACCGAUCCGAUGUUGAUCGGUGGCAAUAUAGAGUUCUUCAGUCAGGCGGGCGAACCAACGGAAGAGUUUUACCGCAACGUGAACCAGGAGUUCUCGGACGAUAUGGGUUUCGAGCCGGCUAGUCCACCGGCACCCUGUCCGGAAGCGGUACCGUUCAAUGGCGGCAAAUAUCUCGCAUCGUCCUCCAGCGAGAGCCCAAUGAUGACGGCCCGGAGACACAACAAUGGUGGACGAGGUGGAUAUGCGGGACACCAUCUGCAAAUGCAGCAACAGCACCAUCAGCAGCAACUUCAGCACCAUCAGCAGCAGCAGCAGCAGCAACAGCAGCAACUCCACGGACAAAACAGUGUUGAGCAUAGCUCGGACGAUAGUGAUUGCGAUUGUGGGAAUGGUAGCAACGAGGGUCGGUGGGUACCCCGAACGAAACCUCGAUCGCGGAGCCGCUCGAAAUCAACCGAUCGCAAGUACAACCGUAAUCUCAUACGAUAAGAAAGGGACGGGGAUGGGAAUGGCACCCUGCUGGUAAGGAGUCAGCAGUUGAGCAACGGUUUUUAGCCGUUCAGCUGAGGCUAUACUUCGCAAAUACGAUAAAGCGGAAGGAAGGC